AAAAGGUCUAGGCCUCUAUAGAAGUGACGCCCUAUUUUAUUAAGCGAACCUAAAUUUUGCACAUCGGAAAUGAAAAAGCAAGGAAGAGGAUUUUCACUUGCAGCAAUGAGUCUCAGACUAUUGUGUCCAAUUCACUUCCAAGCCAUCCUUCUCUUGUUCAUUGCACUCCUGCAUGUAAAAACUCCUACUAUUUUUGCUGGUAGUAGUACUUCCACCUUCAGUUAUUUUGGUGGGAAUGAGACGGAUCAUCAAGCUUUGUUGGCCUUCAAAAAGCAGAUAACACAUGACCCUGUAAACAUUUUGAGCUCAUGGAAUGAUUCCCUCCAUUUCUGCGAGUGGGAAGGUGUUACAUGCGGCCACAAGCAUAGAAGAGUCAUUGUAUUAGAUCUGAGUUCCAGAGGUUUGGUGGGUUCCUUGUCUCCAUUCAUAGGCAACCUCAGCUUCAUUAGGGUAAUCCAGCUCUACAACAACACCAUUGGAGGCCAAAUCGUAGAUGAAGUUGGUCGUCUACUCAGGUUGCGAGUAUUGGGCCUGUCUAUUAACUCCUUCCAAGGGAAAAUUCCUGCAAACCUUUCCCAUUGCUCCAAACUUAAAUCUCUUGCAGUUGGUAAAAAUAACCUUUCAGGGUCAAUCCCAAAGGAGCUUGCUUCUUUGUCAGAGCUGGAGUUUCUUGCUGUUCGCAACAACAAUCUCACAGGAGGAAUCCCACCUUUCAUUGGAAACUUAAGCUCUCUCCAAGUUUUUUCUGCAGCCUAUAAUGCCUUGGGAGGACACAUUCCAGAUGCCUUGGGUCAAUUGAGAAGCUUAAAUUCACUUGGGCUAAUGUCAAACGAACUCUCUGGUUUGAUCCCUCCAUCUUUAUAUAAUCUUUCGUCUCUUGUUACUUUGUCAUUCCCCAGAAAUGAUCUUAGUGGAAGCCUUCCUGCAGACUUAUUCCUCACCCUUCCUCAUCUCCAGUGGUUUCAAAUUUAUCAAAACAAAUUUACUGGACCUCUUCCGAUCUCAUUAUCUAAUGCUUCAGAGUUAAGUUGGUUGGAAGCUAAUGAGAACAACUUUACGGGGAAAUUAUCAGUCAAUUUUGGAGGUUUACAACAUUUGAAGUUUUUAUUUAUUCAUGGAAAUAAUUUGGGAAGCGGAGAUGACGAUGAAAUGAAUUUUUUUCAAUCUCUAGCCAAUUGUAGCAGUUUGCAGAAGCUGACUCUCGAUGCGAAUCAAUUUGAAGGUACAUUGCCUAAUGUUUUGGGAAAUUUUUCUACCCAGCUUACAUUUUUUGCGAUUGACCAUAAUCUUAUUUUUGGAGAGAUCCCUUCAGGGAUAGGCAACCUAGUUAACUUGAACAACUUAUAUAUGGAUGGCAACAAAUUUACAGGGAUAAUACCAAGUGAUAUUGGUAAUCUUCAAAAGUUACAACGAUUUUCUUUGAGUAACAAUAGGCUCUCAGGAAGGUUACCAAUUACCCUUGGAAACCUAUCAUUGUUAAAUGAACUGUCCUUAAAUAAUAACAAAUUGCAAGGAACUAUCCCAUCAAGUAUAGAAAAGUGUCAAAAUUUGUUGUUGCUAGAUCUUUCUCAAAACAAUCUCAAUGGUACCAUUCCAAAGCAACUCUUUGCAAUUUCCAUGCUGUCAAUUGGACUCAAUUUAGCACAAAACUUUUUCGUUGGAUCACUACCAUCAGAAGUCGGCAAGUUAGUCCAUUUAGCAAUGUUGAACUUAUCUGAGAACAAAUUGUCUGGUAAAAUUCCAAGCAGCUUAGGCUCUUGCAUAAGCCUUGAGUACCUUUAUGUGGAGGGUAAUUUAUUUCAAGGAGAAAUUCCAACAUCCCUGAGUUCUUUGAGAGGUAUUCAAGUCAUGGAUCUUUCUCGGAAUAACUUCUCUAGUCAAAUUCCAAAUUUCUUGGAAAAACUCUCCCUCAAGAAUUUGAAUUUAUCCUUCAAUGAUUUUCAGGGAGAGGUUCCAACAAAAGGAGUGUUUGCAAAUGCUAACUCAAUAUCAGUUGUCGGAAAUAUCAGGCUUUGUGGGGGCAUAUCAAAACUCAUGUUGCCUAGUUGCUUAACUAAAAAAGAGAAGAAAACGAAGUGGUCUCUCACACUCACAAUUGUAAUCUCAGUGGCAUGUGUGCUCCUUGUAGUUGCCACAGUGUCUUUUUUCUUAUUUUAUUGGUGCAAAAAUAUAAGAAAAGAUGAGUCUUCAGGAUCUACCUUGAGAAAGUCGCUUUUGAAAGUGUCUUACCAAAUGCUUCUCAAAGCAACAGAUGGGUUCUCAUUAACAAAUUUGAUUGGUGCGGGUAGUUUUGGUUCAGUGUAUAUAGGCAUCCUUGGUGAAGAUGGGUCAAUUGUUGCAGUCAAGGUACUAAAUCUUCAACGUCAAGGAGCUUUUAGGAGCUUCAUCUCUGAGUGUGACGCCUUGAAAAAUAUUCGUCACCGGAAUCUUGUGAAGAUAAUAACUUCCUGCUCAAGUGUGGAUUUUCAAGGAAAUGAUUUUAAGGCUCUAGUUUAUGAGUUCAUGCCAAAUGGAAGUCUAGAAAAAUGGUUACAUAUGGAUUUGGAAACAGAUACCGAGCAAGCAGAGAUACAAAAUUUGAACCUUCUUCAAAGAACAAAUAUUGCCAUUGAUGUUGCAUGUGCACUCGAUUACCUACACCACCAUUGCCCAGUGCCAGUUGUUCAUUGUGAUCUAAAGCCAAGUAACAUUCUUUUUGAUUAUGAUAUGACAGCUCAUGUUGGAGAUUUUGGGCUUGCAAAACUUCUUUCAAAACUUACAAUUCCAAAACAAAGCAGCUCAAUUGGAAUAAAGGGAACAAUCGGGUACAUUCCUCCAGAGUACGGUCUAGGAAGUGAGCUGUCAAACAAAGGGGAUGUCUACAGCUAUGGAAUCCUAUUGUUAGAGAUGAUAACAGGAAAAAGGCCCACAAAUCACAUGUUUGAGGGAGGCUUUAGCCUUCAUCGUUAUGCUAGCAUGGCCUUCCCUAAUUGUGUAAUGGAGAUUGUUGACUCAAAGCUUUUAAAUAAUGUUGAUGAAGUGAUUGAUAAUCAUAAUUUUAGCCCUACAAAUAGGAAAGAGGAGUGUUUGAUAUCCAUGGUCAAGGUUGGAGUGGCAUGCUCUGUGGAUUUGCCACAAGAACGAUGGGACAUUAGCAAGGCCAUUUCUGAGCUGCAUUUGGUCAGGGACAUUCUUCUUGGCUCCAGUAGUUAAUGCAACAUGUUUGACUACAUGGAAGGCCCAUAAGGUCUACGAUCCUUCAAAGUUUUGCAAUGGAUGGAGAGAUUCUUCUAGCAUACUAGAUAAGCAUGGUCAUGGUUUAUUGCAUAAGGAGUGUUCUACAUGUUUCUUAUACCUUGUCUUAUAUUUGUGUUUUAUACGUUUGUGAGUAACUCAAAAUAAUUUCCCUCAAACUUGUAUCUAUGUUUAAUUCUAUUGAUAUUAUGCUUUGAAAAUUAA